UUUCCUUCCGCCUCUCCCAGCCGCGCCCGCACUCCCCGGGAUGGAGAUUCCCCCGACACACUUCCCCGCUGCCCGGGCGGCCUCGGUGGCCGAGAACUGCAUCAACUACCAGCAGGGCACCCCGCACAAGGUGUUCCUGGUGCAGACGGUCACGCAGGCCAGCCUGGAGGACCUCCCGGGAAGAGGCCACAGGUACCACCUCAAAUUCUCCGUGGAAGAGAUCAUCCAUAAACAGAUUACGGUGAGCUGCCUGGCCCAAGUCCUGUAUCCCACCCCGACGGCCGGCCAGAAUGCUGCCCCCGAGGUGGACUUCACGUUUGAGGGGGAGAUCGGGAAGAACCCCGACGAGGAGGACAACCAGUUCUACGAGAGGCUCAAGUCCAUGAAGGAGCCCCUGGAAGCCCAGAACAUUCCAGACAGCUUUGGGAACGUGCCGCCGGCCAUGAAGCCUGUGCGGCACCUGGCCUGGGUGGCCUGCGGCUACGUCAUCUGGCAGCACUCCACUGAGAACACGUGGUACAAAAUGGCCAAAAUACAGACCGUGAAGCAGGUGAAAAGAAAUGAUGAUUUUAUUGAAUUAGACUAUACCAUCCUUCUUCACGACAUUGCCUCUCAGGAAAUGAUUCCCUGGCAAAUGCAAGUGCUCUGGCACCCCCAGUAUGGAGUCAAAGUGAAGCACAACAGUCGCCAACCCAAGCAGGCCCAGCUGGACUAAGCCGGCGCUGGCAGGCCCCAGCGUGCAGGCUCAGGCCCCUGCGGCCGGCUUCUCUCCGCUCCCAGGACGGUCGUGACUGCAUUGUACCUGUGUAGACGCUCUAAUAAACCACUUCAGUUCUUGCCUA